CUUUUCUCAAGUCCAUCAGAUGUGAUAAGACAAAUAUUUAUAUUCCUUUUGAUCCAAAACAAACUGGUUUCCCCCUUCAUUCCCUGAGAAUCGACUACUGCCCUUUGUGACUUUUCAUCUCCAAAUAUACAUCCUUCUACAGACGUUCGAACAACUCGGUCGCGGUUGAGCGCGUAGAAUAGCACUGUUUUGCUUUGAGUCGGAUACAUCACGCGGUUUCUGUGCCUUCAUGGUGCUGGCACGAAUAGCCAGGCGAUAGCUCCAUUGCCACGAUGUGAUUCUAGCUAAAAAUGUGUUUCUACGUCCUCUUGACUCCCGCCAUACGAUAUGAAUUAGGCGGUGAUCACGAGUAUCACUUUGUUGAGAGAUGUCUGCCAUGGCCAAUUGCCCCAGAGAUCACAUCUCUCGUCACGUCGAAGGAGGAUACCUUCGCUCACUACAAUCCCAACUCGCCAGAAAUCGUCCUUAAAGCCCUUGACAAUUUAGGCAAAUACAUCGAAGAUGAAGGCCCUUUCGACGGCGUCAUAGGCUUUUCUCAAGGCGCUAUGCUCGCUACAUCCUAG